UGCCUUUUUCAUUCGUCUCUUGAAUUCUGAACUCAACGGUUCGCCUCCGCUCUACAAAAAAACGGCAAAAAGCGCAGCAACAGCAGUGCGAAAUCAUUAACCAAGUGCAAAAAAAAAUAAAAUAAAAAUAAUAAGAACCAGAACCACUAAACUGGGAUUAAGCCAAGAAGAGUGAUAAGCCAGAGUGCAAAAAAACAAACGCAAAAGAUAGUGCAGUUGAAAGUGCAGCAAAAACAGAGAAAAAGCAAAAAAAGCCACAAAAUGGAUAUGGAUACCCUUUUACCAUCGCCGCCAGCAACGCCCCCGCUCCGGGAUAACAAGUUGGAAAAUGUGGCCAAGGACGAGCAACAGGUGAACCAGAACCUGCUGAAGGCCAAACUCAAGUUGGUGGCCCAGAAGAACCAAAAGAAUGGCGGCAUCAUUACACCCAAUCCCUCGGACACGGAGGAUGAGGAGGUGCCCAGCAAGAAAAUGCGCCUGGAACAGCCGGCCACGACCAUGACACCGCCACCGGAUCAGAAAGCUGAGGAGGAUCAAAGCAAAACCCCGGAGAGGGUCAGUGUCAUCAUGCGAGUGAACAGCUCAGGAGCCGUGUGCUCCAGCAACAACCAAGACGAAAACAGCUCCUCCAGCACUAGUUCCAGCUCCAGCGAGAGCACCUGCUGCAGUUCCUCCACAAAUGCCACCGCAAGUACAACCACAGUCGCUCCCGCCGUGGAGGAUGACUACCCCGAGGCCAAUGUCUGGCGCAAUCUCAAGUUCAAGAUGAACAGGAAGCGGGCUGCGGAAGUGGCGUUACCAGUACCAGUACAAAAACCCGAGGAGAUCCCGGCUCCCACGCCAGCACCGGCGGAAAAGUCCGAGCCCGAGGAAGAGGAAGUCAAGCCAAUUCUGCCUCCCAUCUACGUGGCUCCCGUCGCCAGUCCCGCCAGCCAACUCCUCCUGCUCAGCACAGUGGCCGCCCAGCAAGCCCCCACGCCCAUACCAGUUGCAAGCGCCGAGGAGAAGCAGGCACCCAGGAUCACCGCUGCCCAGGCGGCGGCCACCAGGAGUCGCAUCUACGAGUGCAGUUUCCCCGACUGCGGCAAGAACUACUUCAAGAGCAGCCACCUGAAAGCCCACCAAAGAGUGCACACCGGCGAGCGGCCCUUCAUCUGCAAGUGGGAGAACUGCGACAAGCGAUUCUCCAGGUCCGACGAGCUAUCCCGCCACAAGCGAACCCAUACCGGCGAGAAGAAGUUCCAGUGCGGCGUCUGCCAGAAGAAGUUCAUGCGUAGCGAUCACCUGUCCAAGCACGUCAAGCGCCACAACAAGGACAAGGCCAAUGGGGUGAACCGUCACGUUUCCCUGACCAGCAGUUCCUCCGCCAUAGCCACCUCCCUCUGCGACGCUACGCUCCACUUGCGGGCGAUAGCCCCAGCAUCCACCAGCAUCAGUGUCACCUCCUCGCCCAUGUCCUCUGCCGCCGCCAGCCUGCAGCAGGUGUACAGCGCCCAGGAUCUGCUUAGACUACAGCAGCAAGCCAGUAGUUUUGGCUUCGGCGGCACUCUGCUGCAGGUGCAGCGAUGAGAAGAUGUCCAGGAGAGAACAUCUAAAGGAGGAGCAGCUGCCCCCCAGAACCAAUCUCAGCCCGACAGUAUCGCCAGCUAAGCGGAGAGAAAACCCAGCACCAAAAUCAGAACCAGAGUUAAGAUUAAGAAAUCCUAUCAUUAAGUAGGUGAUGAGUAGUAGGAUGUGGGACUUCAUUCUCCAUCGUCCAACAAGAAUUUUAUUGCUGAUUUUAGUCUCGAGUUUUUCGCGCUGUGUAGCUGGUGUAGACAUUAAGUAGCUUAGUUAAGAGCUAGAUCUUGUCAUCGUUUUUUCGUGCAUAUAUCAACUUUAAAUUCAAUAGGCCUCGCACCCACCCACUCGCACCCUAGACUGGGGGGCUGGGGCCAACUAUAUUUUCUUUCCAAGGGCACCGAGCACAUCCUAGCUUAGCGAUCUUCUUCAGAUUUAGAUUCAGACUCUGACUAUACCUAGUGCUUGUAAAUAGAUAAUACUAGCGACGCGUUCGGCGUUCAAAAUCUGUGAUAUUUAAGUUUUCUUAACUAUUUUCUAUUGUACCAUAGUUAUUGCUCGUAAUUCUCUAAAUAUUAAACACACAAAACAAUUGUAUUUAUUGCUACAAGUGAAGAAAAGAGAAAAAAAUCAAGAAUUGAAAAAAUAUUGGAUCCCUGCAGAUUCAAAUCUCAACAAAAGAAAAUAUACAUAUUUUCCAAAAUAA